CCGCCCGUAUUCUCCCCACCGGCCAACUGCUAGCUCCACCCGGCCCGCCUUUUCUUCCCUCACGAGAAAGAAAGCCCGAGUCGGAGAAGGAGAUCCAUCUCUCUAGCUCCCUCCCUCCCUCCGCGCCUUGAUAAUUUCUUCCCACGCCACGAUCGAGCCAUGGUUCGCCGAACGAGGAGGGUCCUGCCAGAUCCCCGCAAUCCCGAGCCCAAUUAGUCGGGCCGGCCGUUCAGCUUGAUUAUCCAGGGUUCCUUCGUUCGUUCCGAUCGACCGGCGGAUCGAGGUUGCUGCUGGUGAUUCGGCGCCAUGGGGUCCAAGGAGAAGGGGAGCAAGCAGCGGGGAGGAGGGGCGUCGUCGCCGAGGGCCAGGAAGGGCGAGUUCCCCAUCCGCGCGGCCGACUACGAGCUGCUCGAGCCCAUCGGCGACGGCGCCACCGCCGUCGUCCGCCGCGCCCGCUGCCUGCCCCUCGGCGGCGAGGUCGUCGCCGUCAAGAUCAUGAACAUGGCGCUGCGCUCCGAGGCCGACGUGAACAAUGCGGCGGAGGAGGUGAAGACCAUGAUCCUGACGGACCACCCCAACCUGCUCGGCGCCUACUGCUCCUUCACGGAGGGCGAGAACCUGUGGAUCGUCAUGCCCUACAUGGCCGGAGGGUCGUGCUUCCACCUGAUGAAAUCCUCCUUCCCCAAAGGCUUCGAGGACGAGCGGUUCAUCGCCUUCGUGCUGCGCGAGACGCUGAGGGGCCUGCAGUACCUGCAUGGCAAAGGACACAUACACCGCGAUGUCAAGUCUGGGAACAUACUGCUUGAUCAAUACAAAGGAGUCAAGCUUGCCGAUUUCGGAAUUAGUGCCAGCGUUUACGACUCGAUGAUCAACAGGAACGGCAAAAGGCACACCCUUGUAGGAACGCCCUGCUGGAUGGCACCAGAAGUGAUGGAGCAAAAGGAAUACGAUUUCAAGGCAGACAUUUGGUCUUUUGGGAUCACUGCACUUGAACUUGCUAAUGGUCAUGCUCCGUUUUCUAGUCAACCUCCAGCAAAGGUCUUUCUCAUGACGUUGCAGCAUGCACCCCCAUCACUUCAUAACACAAAGGAUAAGAAGUUUUCAAAUUCUUUUAAGCGAAUGAUUGGUGCAUGUUUAAUAAAGGAUCCAUCCAAGAGGCCAACUGCACAAAUGUUACUGGAACUUCCGUUUUUCAAGAAAGUGAAAUCUGAGGAUAAUUAUGUAAAAUGCAUGCUAAAUAAAGUGCCGUCUUUGGUUGCUCGGAUGCAAACUAUAACGGAGAAUGAAGCAAAGAUGCAAGCAGACAAGAAACCCCAUGAUAAAAUCAAAGAGAAGACAUCACAUGAGGAAUAUUUCAAAGGUGUUAGUCAGUGGGACUUUGAUAUUGAAGACUUAAAAGCACAAGCUACGUUGUACUCUGAUGAGAAUGAUAGUGAUGAAGAAGAGUACUUGCGUUUUCUCUUUGAACUUGAUACCGUGGAUGAAACUGUUCCACUCCAAGAUGUUCAGCCACGUAAAUGCUUGAAUGAUGAUAAGAAGAUUAUAGGUGAUGAAAUCGCACCAAAACCAAAAUCAACAAAUCCAAUACAGAUAACUCAAAGUGUGAAACAGGUUGAAAAUGGAGCCCCAAAUGGCCUUGUGCGCCACGAAUCAUUUGAACGACAUUCAAAAGUACCUGCCAAGCAACUUUCGAGAGCAGUUUCCAACGUUAAGGAUAUGGAUGAAUAUCUUGAAAAAUCUGCCAUUCAAAAGGGCCGUUUUAAAGUGACAACCGAGGAGACGGAAGCAUGUACACCAAGGGAGAAGGAGUUACUAGAACGAAUUGCUAGUUUAGAGCGGAUGCUGCAUGUUACCCAAGAUGAGGUUGUGAGGCUGAAAGCGAAGGAUGGAAAAGGAGCAAUGGCAUGCGUCCAACAACAAAAGUAGCUGUUACUUUAGUGGUAGAAGAAUUAAUUAUAGCUGUGUGUAGAUGUCAUAAGAUUGUAGUAGGUUCACUUCCACAUGUUUCCACUUUCUUAAAGUCCUUGUCAGUUCAGUAGAGAUUAGAAGAGCUUUGCGCCAUCUCUUCUCCGGAUGUAGCUUACAUUGUCUUGUGAGAUAGUAGGUUAUGCUUUCUACGAUAGGUUGGCUGCGGUAGUUUGAAAUUGAUGGUUUAUGAUGUAUUUUACACUCGACAAAUUAGUGAGUUGAAGCACGAAGAUUACUUCGCUAGUAAUUUAAUACUGCUAUUUGAAUAGAAGAUGGUGUUUAUUUUUAUUA